UCGUCAGUCAACCAUUCAUCCUUUGCUCAGAAAAAAGUCAACCGUUCAUCCCGGCCCGCUGCCCCGCUGUGACGUGCCAAAAGGUCAACCCCUCUCUUGUCUCUACGGCUCCUCCUCCCUCGGGCGUCCUCGGUUGCCAUCGUCCGCUUUCCUCGCGCGCGCACUGCCAAUCUGCCACCCCCCGCGGCGCGCUCCGCCUCAAACGCCAGCACCGCACGUCCCCUCCCCUCCAUUGGCCCGUACGACGACCCGACCAAGCGCGCAAGAAUCCUUGGCGAGCGAUCAACCGAGGCGAAGCCAUGGCGCCGAGCAAGCUGCGCCAGGCGCUGGGCGCGGUGAAGGACCAGACGAGCAUCGGCCUCGCCAAGGUCGGUAGCGGCGGCACCGUGGAGGCGGACCUGGACGUGGCCAUCGUCAGGGCCACCAGCCACAGCGAGUCGUUCCCGGCCGACGAGCGCCACAUCCGGGAGAUCCUCGCGCUCACCUGCCUCUCCCGCGUGUACGUCGGCAACUGCGUCUCCACGCUGUCGCGCCGCCUCGGCCGGACCCGAAGCUGGGCGGUCGCGCUCAAGACGCUGGUCAUCGUGCACCGCGUCCUCGCCGACGGGGACCCGGCGUUCGAGCAGGAGGUGUUCUACGCCACGCGGCGUGGGACGCGGAUGCUCAACAUGUUCGACUUCUGCGACCGCUCCCGCGCCGACGCCUGGGACUUCUCCGCCUUCGUCCGCACCUACGCCGCCUACCUCGACGACCGCCUCGAGUACCGGAUGCAGGGCAGGCACGGCGGCGGCGCCCCGCGGGGGCCCAGCGGGAGGCAGGACGACGCGGCGGACGCCGAGGGCGCGGACAGGGCGCUGGCGCUCGUCACCAGGGACCCGCCGGCGAGCGAGAUGACGGUGGAUCAGCUGCUCAUCAAGGCCAACCAGCUGCACCACCUCCUUGACCGGUUCAUCGCUUGCCGCCCCAUAGGUGCGGCGAGGACGAACCGGGUGGUGGCGGUGUCGCUCUACCCGCUGGUGAAGGAGAGCGUGCAGCUCUACUGCGAGCUCACGGAGGUGAUGGCCGCGCUCAUCGAGCAGUUCGCGGAGAUGGAGACCGCCGACUGCGAGCGCGUGCACGCCCUUUUCUGCAGCCUCGCCAAGCAGACGGAGGAGCUCGAGGCGUUCUACUCAUGGUGCAAGGAAGCCUGCGUGUGCCGCCAGUCCGACGUCCCGGAGGUCGAGGUCGUCACGCAGAAGAAGCUGGGGCUCAUGGACGAGUUCAUCCGCGACAGGCACGCCGCGGCGUCGCAGCACGGGCUCCCGCCGCCGUCGCCAGAGCCGGCGGCAAGCCCAGAGCCGGUUCUCGUCGAAGAGCAGUCGAUCAAGGCCCUUCCGGCGCCCGAGGAGCAGCCGACCGAGGCGCAAGAGGAGGACACGGCGCAAGCCGAGCCAGAGGCACUGCUCAUCGUGGCCGACCCGGUCGACGAGGAGGCCGACUUCCUGAACCUGAAGGCGGACGCCAUGCCCGCCGAGGAGCACGGGCAGCAGCUGGUGCUGGCGCUGUUCGACGGCAACCCGGCCGGCGCGGCGCCGAAAGGCGACGCGUUCGACCACUCGGCGGCGGACUGGGAGACCGCGCUGGUCCAGUCGGCGAGCGCGCUGGCGAGCCAGCGCGCCGAGCUCGGGGGCGGCCUCAGCAUGCUGGUGCUGGACGGGAUGUACAGCCACGCCACGGCCAACGCGGCGGUGGCCAGCGCGCAGACGUUCUCCGGCAGCGCGAGCAGCGUGGCGUUGCGGCCACCAGGGGCGCCGAUGCUGGCGUUGCCGGCGCCUCCUGGAGCCAUCGGCGCCGACCCUUUCGCGGCGUCGGCGCUGUUGCCGCCGCCGACGUACGUUCAGAUGUCCGACAUGCAUACGAAGCAGCAGCUUCUGACGCAGGAGCAGAUUGUGUGGCAGCAAUACGGCAAGAAUGGCAUGCAAGGGCAGGGGCCCUUGGCAAUGCUAGAGCAGCGGCCGCAACAGCAGCUGCAGCAGCAGAUCCUGCCUAAUGGAGACUGCAAUUAACCAGGGUAUCAUAGGACCUGUUAAGACUAUCCAGUUGUACUCACUUCCAUUGUUCUCUUUACGAUGUUUAAGCAAUCCAGAAAAUCUUUAGAAUCAGACAAGGUUAAACACUGAGUUUCGGUACAGUUUAGUUGAAUCAAAUCGCAUUGUCGCCCAUCUGAGUACAGAUAUAAUCUGCAAGAAAGCUUGCACUUGAAACAGCAGAAAAAAGGGCAUGAGCAACGACAAUCUAGACGAUAUACUCAGAAUGGAGCUGAGGAACAUAGC